GUUGUGGCGGGGCGGAAGUGCUGGUUGCUGGGGCGACCAGGCCCUCGGUGAGAUGUCGGAGAACACGUACAGUAUCAGGCCGGCUUUUCAGCACAGGUUCAAGACAGCCGUUGUGAAAGGGAAGAUCAAUAAUGUGCUGAAGGAAGAAUUAUCAAACAAGUCUUACAAUCCAGAGGAAGUCCCCUUCAUGACUAGGAAGAUUGCAGAGUCUAUAAAGACUCAAGUAAAAGAAUGUGCAUUUGAGCGUUACAAACUGGUGGUUCAGGUUGUUAUUGGAGAGCAGCGAGGUGAAGGAGUGAAAAUGGCUGCACGGUGUUUCUGGGAUGCUGACACAGAUAACUUUGCACAGGAUGUAUAUAUGAAUGAGAGCCUGUUCUGUGUUGCUGCUGCCUUUGGCUGUUACUACUAUUAGCAGAUGUCAAGGAUCAUCUGGAGCCAGCGUCGUUAUUAAAUGUCUUUAUUUGAAUAAUUUAAAGUUCUGUAUGACAGAUUUUAUAACACGGUGCUUCAUAAUGUAAUGGAUUGCACAAAAAAUAAAUGUGUAGUGAGUUUGUUAAA